AUGAUUACAGGAUGGUUUCGUGAGUGUGGUAUUAUACCACACACAAUGGAUAUCGAUUUUGCCGCAUUCGUAGAAGAAUAUAAACCAAAACUUCUUGAACACCUACAGAGUAACGAAACGAAAUUUUAUCUUAGACGAAAGUUCGGAAAGGUGAAUGACUCCUACGAAUUCACACUUACGACAUUGGACGGCAGCCGACCUAUGAUGGAUCUAUUUUGGUUGUACAGCGCAGCAAAUGAAUCAUGGGUGGGAGGAACUUCAUCCGAUGGAACCAAAUACAAGUACACUUAUCCUAGAAUUACUGAUAUUUGUGCGGCAGACUUACUCGGUCAUAUCUUUUGGAUACCCUGUGAUCCGGAGUUAAUCCUCAAGGUACCUUCCAGCUCAUGUUCUUUACCUUUAGCGAAAAAGCGUUAA